AUGUGGCAGAUGAGGCCGCCAAGCAGGAAGUCCGGCGAUGUGGAAUCCGCCGGGGGGCUGCCACCGCCGCUGUAUCCCACAAUGCUCGAGAGCCCUCAACUGCGUUGGGCCUUCAUCCGGAAGAUCUACUUCAUACUCGCCGUGCAGCUUCUGCUCACCGUCGCCGUUGCCUCCGUUGUCGUCUUCGUCCGCCCUAUCCCCCACUUCUUCGUCUCCUCCGGCGCAGGCCUCGGCAUCUACAUCUUCCUCGUCAUCCUCCCGUUGAUCGGUACGUUAAAUAUUGUCGGCAGCAUCUCUACGCAUUCUUUCCUAGCGGCGAAUCAAUCGGUCGUCCCGUAGUCUGGUUUUCAUCUUAAAGGUUCUCUUCUCUUCAGUUCGGUGUGGGAUUCCGGCAAUGAAAUGGAUCCCUACUCUGGCAAUGAUGGAUCGGAAUCCCGAGUAGUUGGGUUUUCUUCCACGCCCGCAAUCGUACGACAAUUCUUCUUCUCUUCUCUCUACGUUCUUCCAGAAAAAGAAUUUCCAGUCAAAAUAAAACACAGAUAACUCCAGAGAAUGGCAGAAGAAUUUCCGUGUCUUUGUUCGUUUGGACUUUUCACUGUCAGAUUCUCUGAUGUGCGCUGAAACAUUUAUUUACUUCGCAGUGCUAUGCCCGCUCUAUUACUAUCACCAGCGCCACCCCGUGAAUUAUCUGCUGCUGGCCGUCUUCACCCUGUCUCUCAGUUUCAGCGUCGGCUUGACGUGCGCCUUCACCAGUGGUAAGCAUCCCCAAGAACCUGACACCGAGUUUCCCCGCCUUUCUUAUCCUUGAUCAAUGAAAUAAAUCAAAAUAUUCGCAUUUUCGUUGUGUUCUGCCUUCGUUAAACUCCACAUUCCGCUCUGUGGAGGAGUUCGUUCGUCAUACCGUCUAUCCUCCUCUAUGGACGGCUUUUGAUCCGUGUUUUAUCUAGACUGUGAAUCGGCUUGCGAUCUUUCACCUUGGAAGGAAGGAUCCCAUCGGAACUCGCCCGUGCUAAUUGAUGAUUCCAUCUCCUGCUGCUGUUCGGCUUGAAUGUCGAUGAGACCAACGGUGGAUUCUUUCUUCUCGAAACCUUUCUGAAUCAAAUCCUCGGUUCUCGGGCAUGCCAUGCAGGGAAAGUCAUCCUCGAGUCUGCAAUCCUGACCUCCGUCGUCGUCGUCAGCCUCACUCUCUACACAUACUGGGCCGCGAAGAGGGGCCACGAUUUCCAGUUCCUCGGCCCCUUCCUCUUCGUCGCGCUGCUGAUCUUGAUCGUCUUCGCCUUCAUCCAGGUCCCCCCACAUCCUACAGUCUCCUCCUCCUCUCUUCUCUCCUCCUGGUUCUGGCUUCCCCUUAUGGGUUAUGCGUUUCGGCCAUUGGUGCUGCUGGUGUCUCCUCCAAUGUCUUCAUCCUCUUUUCUUCCUCCUAGUUCUUUUUUCUUCCCCUCAUGGGUGAGGCAUUUCGGUGCAGCUGGUGUUUCCCCUGGGGAGGCUGUCGGUGAUGAUAUACGGGGCCCUGGCAGCGGUGAUCUUCUGCGGCUACAUCAUAUAUGACACAGACAACCUGAUCAAGCGCUACACUUACGACGAGUACAUCUGGGCCGCCGUCUCCCUCUACCUGGACAUCAUCAACCUCUUCCUCUCUCUGCUCACCCUCUUCAGGGCCGCCGACACCUGA